ACAGUGUUCAGUUUACGUUUAUUCGUGGCCGAGUCUAGUUGAAGUUGUAAAUUGUGGCACCCCGUUCGUUUAGUGCUUCAACGCCUUGUAACUCUGUUCACCAAACUGAAGUCUUCUAGCGCAGAAACUGUCCUGUCGGGUGUUUUAAUUCCAUCAAACGUUUUCGAAAUCAAUUCAGUGCGAAGUAAUUUCCAGUCGCAGCAGGUCUUGAAAUUGACUCGGCUCAUCCGAAAUUAUUGUUCAUCCCAGAAAAAUUCCCGACUACUCCGUCGCGACUUAAAGUCCGCACCUUCCUCUAAGGAUCCAGAAAGGUGUGGUGUGUUUGAGUGCAAAAUUCAAGUGUAGUUUUUUAUUCAAUAGUUUUGCAAUAUAUACCACUGUACCUAACUAAAUUUUUCGUCGAUGUUUUUGUGCUCCGGUGGUGCUAAAUAUACCCAAAAUCAAUUCCAAGAAAUUGCUUCAGUGAGCUCCUACAACUAGCAGUUUACCGCUCUAAGGAAAGAAACCAAUAUCCGAUCAAAUAUCAAAGCAUUUUUGGUGAAAAAUUUCCAUACCAAAUUGCGACCAAGUUAGCAGCUUGCUACUUCGUGCCAAUCGCGUGUUGUGUGAGUGUGACACAAAUUCCGUGGAUCUGCUUCCAGCAAGUAUAGUAAGUGCCAAGAGGAGGAGUAUAAUUAAGCGGCUGGAGUUACAGCAAAAGUGUGGGGCAACGAAAGGUUUCAUCUACUUCGAGUGUAAAAAAAAACCUCGCAGGUCUCGUCUUCGACGACGCUAGCGCACGAGGGAUGAUCCAAGUGAUUCAGGGAAAUUGAUAAUAAUUGGUUGCAAAUUAAGCCACGAGAAGUGGAGUGUUUUCCUGGGUUCAAGUGAAGACGACGUCGGUCGGCACCGGAAUAGAAAUCAAGAGUGUUUGUAGUUUCGGGAGGCAUUGCCAUCACCGUCCUCAUCAUCAUCACAACAAAACAGCUCCCCCAAUCAGAGUAGGCAGACGGCGAAACGUCGCGCAUCAGCAGGGGAUAAGCAGCAGCUAGCAAGCAAAAAAGAUAACGAAAAUGGCUUCCAUGCGUGGCGGUGGUGGCGUGAAGCAACUAUCGGCGGAGGAACGAGCCGAGAUGAGGGAAAAAUUUGAAGAAAUCGACACAAACAAAGACGGCUUCAUCGAACUAAAGGAACUGAAAGACGCCCUCGACCAGGUUGGUUUCAAACUGCCCGGCUACCAGGUCCGGUUAAUGAUCGACGAGUACAGCAACAAACAACGCUCACACAAUGUCGGCAAGCUCUCCUACGACGAGUUUGAAGCCCUGUGCAUGGACCUCAAAGCCAAGGAUGUGGCGAGCACUUUCAAAACGGCUGUAUCGAAAAAAGAAAACCUGGAAACCCUUGGCGGUAUGUCGGACUCGUCGGCCGCCGGUACGACACAUUCGGUGCGCAUCGAAGAACAGUUGGCCUUCAGCGAUUGGAUCAACUCCAACCUGGGCUACGAUCAGGAUUUAAAGCACUUGCUCCCGCUGGAUCCGGAGGGUAAGCAGCUUUACGACAAAAUCAAAGAUGGUAUCCUACUGUGCAAAAUUAUCAACCACUCGUGCCCGGACACUAUCGACGAGCGAGCCAUCAACAAGAAGAACCUCACUGUAUACACCAAAUUCGAAAAUCUAACGUUGGCCCUGGUGUCGUCACAGGCCAUCGGAUGUAACAUUGUCAAUAUUGACGCACACGACCUGGCGAAGGGCAAACCUCAUCUUGUGUUGGGCCUGCUCUGGCAAAUCAUCCGCAUCGGUCUAUUCAGCCAUAUUACAUUAGACAGUUGUCCGGGGCUGGCCACCCUGUUGGCGGAUGGCGAACGCUUGGAAGAUCUCAUGAAGCUCUCCCCAGAAGCCAUUCUCCUUCGGUGGGUCAACCAUCACCUCGAGCGAGCUGGUAUCGCUCGACGUUGUACCAACUUCCAGAGUGACAUCUCCGAUUCGGAGGUUUACAGCUAUCUGUUGAAUCAGAUAGGUCCCAAAGAUGCCGGAGUCACGCUGGAAGCACUCAGGGAGCACAAUACUUUAAAUCGUGCAGAAGUGAUGUUGCAACAGGCAGCCAAACUGAACUGUCGAUCGUUCGUAACACCACAAGAUGUUGUUAAUGGUGUCUACAAGCUGAACUUGGCGUUUGUCGCUAAUUUGUUCAAUAACCACCCCGGUCUGGAUCAGCCGGAUGAAAUCGAAGGCCUAGAAUCCAUCGAAGAAACCCGCGAGGAGAAGACCUACCGUAACUGGAUGAACUCCAUGGGUGUGAAACCGCAUGUAAACUGGCUCUACUCAGACCUAGCCGACGGGCUCAUCAUCUUCCAACUGUUCGACAUCAUUCAACCCGGUAUUGUCAACUGGAAAAAGGUGCACCAGAAGUUUACCCCGCUGCGCAAAUUUAUGGAAAAGCUGGAAAACUGCAACUACGCGGUAGAGUUGGGCAAACAGCUUAAAUUCUCGCUGGUCGGUAUUGCCGGACAGGAUUUGAGCGACGGAAAUGCCACUCUGACACUUGCACUCAUCUGGCAAUUGAUGCGAGCAUACACUCUGUCCAUCCUAUCACGCCUGGCCAACACCGGCAAUCCGAUCAUCGAGCGGGAAAUCGUCCAGUGGGUGAACACCAAGUUGAAAAACGCCGGCAAGAGCACGAGUCUGCGAAACUUCCAGGACUCUUCGAUUGCGGACGGCAAGGUCGUUAUUGACCUUAUCGAUUCCAUCAAGCCGGGCAGCAUCAACUACGAUAACGUCAAGGAAGGCGGAAAUGCGGAGGAAAACCUUGAAAACGCCAAGUACGCUGUCUCGAUGGCGCGCAAGAUCGGCGCCCGGGUGUACGCCUUGCCGGAGGACAUUGCCGAGGUAAAACCGAAGAUGAUCAUGACCGUGUUCGCGUGCCUGAUGGCCAUGGACUACGUGCCGAACAUGGAUAGUGUUAAAAAUGGCACGACUGCCACGCCGGUUGUGGUGGCGGCGGUCACAGUACCGGAACCGGUUACCAAGGUGGAAGUAGUCGAACCAGUUACGACGAAAGCAAUCGAAGUGGUAACUAACGGAGGGGGUGACAGUAAUGGGGUUAUUAUCACGACCAACGGAAACGGUGCAAUCGAAGACGGAACGGAAACGACGACGACGACGACCGUGGAAGGUGUUGUGGACGAGUUCGCCGAUUAAAUCAUCCGCGUUGAAGCUAAGUAUGUAGGGUUUUGCGUAGUGCGCAUAUUAGUCACAAUACAUUUGUAAAGGACGAUGGGAGCGGGCGGGGGUUUCAUACCGACUCGGGCGCGGGUUUGUAGCUAGGACCAUAAACUAUAUUGUUUAGUUUUUAGAUGAAAUUUAUUUUCAAUGCGAAUUGUUUCUUUCCAAACAAGGGUCUCAGUUGAUCAAAUGAUUGAACGAUUGAACAUUUUACAUGUUGUAUGACUGGAAUGUUCGAGGGUGUAUUUUUCUCAAAACAGCGCUCAUUCGUCAGUUUGAGAUGAUGAUGCCGACAUUGUUGUUGGUGAUGAUGAGAGCCCCAAAGGUUUAUACAGAUAGGUGUUCCAGCAAAGACAAGAGCAGAAUUUAUAAGCGAUUCAGCGAUUUGAUAGUUUGCUUUGUCGUAUCUGUAUCGAUUGUUUACAAAUAAUAUGACGACAUUAACGACAUAAAUAAUGCUAUGUUGUGAAGAUGUUUCAGUAACGUUCUCAUCGUUCUGGAACCUAAUUGUAUAGGUUGAAACACCUAUCUUUAUAAGUUUUUGUUUUGCCAAGAGAUUAAGCUAACUGACUCAGUUGUUAUGAGCACACUGAUCGAAAAAUGCCAAUAAAUUCAGUUUGUUAAAAACGUUUUCUUGAGAAGAAAACCUUUGUCAAAUACAAAUUUGAGUUCUUUAUAACCAUGAUGAAACUUUAUUUUCUAUCUACUUUGUAUUUAUAUAUAAAAUAUUGACUAUCGUAUCAAACACAUGUAUUAUAUUUUAAAAAUAAUCGGCAAAAUAAUAAAAUUAAAUCCUGCAUCCACUUGCGAAGAGGAGUAAAUUUGUUGAUUUUUUGCACUUAACAAUGUAUUGAGGAAACAGAAUAACUAUACAUUUAAGUUUUGUCGUUUGAGCUUUGUAACAUCUUUCUUCCCUACGUACGUACGUAUAAAUUAUUAGGCAAACAGCGUGCCAAAAUUAAGAUAAAUUUGUUUUCGAUCGCGAAUUUGAUUGAGAUUUGAAAAAAUGAAGCAUGAACGUAUACUGAAAGGCAGUGUGGUUGUGUUCAGGCGAAUGCCACAAAACAAUAAAUCCAAGCUAUUGUAUGUGAAAGUUGUGACACCCUAUGUUUAUUCUCUUGGCCUUUGAUCACUUACUAUACUAUUCAUGAAAUUGCGUUAGAACAGAACAAAAUGCUAUUAAAUGUAUUAUUGAAUCAUACAUCUCUACUAAAUCAAAUCGGGAUUAUCUGCUGCUAUCCCAGCAAUAAAGUCGUACUAUAACUCUAUCAAAAUAUCAUUUCCAAAAACAUAAUCAGUAAUAACAGUCGUGUUUCUUUGUCUUGCUUCUAUGCCAUCAAUUUUUGUUACGCUAUUGAUGAGUGCAUUUUGAUCUACACAUUAGCAGAACGUAUCAUAUUUUCUUCAUUGGUUGCGAAGAAUGCCGUCUCCUUAAUUUUUUGCUCUGUUUGUAAAUCAAAUUUAUCUUAUAGGUGUAACCUAUUAGCAAGUAGAAUUCCUUCGUAUUAAGAUAUAGCUAAGCAACAAGUGAAUAGAAAGACAACAUUUUAAACACCACCUUAACAGCGCAAGUUAAACGAAUUGAACUAAUCAGUUAGAUAUACAAACAAACAAACAACGUUUGCAAAUUAUACCAACGGUAACAAAUAAUUAAAAAAAAGCUAUUAACAAGACAGUAAACAGCAUUUUGGAAUUGAAGUUUUAUUGCAUUUUAUGACGCAUUGUGGUAGGCUGCGAGUGGUUUUUGAGCUGCGCACUAUACGCAUUGUGAAGCCCACCUAAGCCACAUGACGGCCAUGAUGCGGCGUGCACCUAAUGUAGUAAGUACAGACAACUAUUAUACAUUAUAACAGCUAGUUUAUUGGCUAAAACCGUAAAACAAACGUAACUCUAUGAAAUAGGUUAACUACCGCAACAUGCUAAACCGUGAAUAAAUUCAGUAAAUAAUAACAA